AUGUCCAGCAAAGCGAUCAGCGCUCAGGCGCUUGGGGGGGAAGCCGACACCAUCGCCGUCGCGAACUCCCUCCAACCGCUUGAUGCCAACGUCCUUGCCUCCUCGACUGCGGCUGCCGCUCCGGCCUCCACUACGACGACGAUGGUGCCGACUACCACUCCUUCUCACGCCUCCGCCGGUGGUGAAAAUGUCCAGCCCGACCCGCAAGCUCCCACUCCGGCUUCCGACUCUUCCCUCCAUCCUCCUCCUGCUCCCUCCACCGGUCCUGACCGCGCGACUACCGGCCUUCAUUCGCCGCCCGACAGCAACAAUGCGUCGAAACUCGACGGCAGCAGCUCAGACUCGGAACUCAGUGAUCUUGACGAUGAUGCUCUGGCCGAGAACUUGAAUGGCAUCCAACCCGAGGACGUCGAUGCUACCGUGACCUCCGUCACGACCCCGACAGCUGCUGCGGCUGAUACUGUCUAUGCCGCGUCCGCCGCUGCCUCCGAGACUGUCCCGACUGCCGCAACUGCCCCGGCUGCCCCGGCUCCGUGCUCUUCGACGACGCCUGCGUCCGACAAUAAACCCACCGCGACCGAUGCGCCUGCCCCCGAGGAAGAGGACGAUAUCGGCGAGGUCGAACCCGACCACUACUCUGGAACCGUCCCCGUGUUUCGGCCGACCAUGCACCAGUUCCGUGAUUUCAAGAAAUUUAUGGGCAAAAUCGACAAGUAUGGUAUGAAGUCAGGCAUCGUCAAGAUUAUCCCGCCCCAAGAAUGGAAGGAUGCCCUCGAACCGCUCGACGACCUGGUCAAGCCCAUCAAGGUCCGUGAACCGAUCAAGCAGGAUAUCAUGGGGUCCAACGGCACCUACCGUCAGGUCAAUAUCCUCCACCAAAGAACAUACAACCUCCCCCAGUGGCGCCAGCUGUGCGACCAGAGCGAGCACCAGCCACCUGCCCGCCGUGGAGAACGCCGUGCCAACGCCGACAAGCCGAAACCCGCGCCUCGUGCUCGUCCAGCCGCUGCUGCGGCUCCCGCCGGAGCUGGUGCGUCGACAAAGAAGGGAGGCACCAAGAAGGGCCGUGGUGGACGCAGGGGUGGCGGUGGCGGUGGCCGUACGCAGCGCCAUACGGCCGACGACGACAAUGCCUCCACGGUAUCUGAGCCGCGGCCUAUGACGCCCGAGUCGCAGCGUGGUGACGACGAGAAGAUGGUCUUGGACGACGACAAAACCUGCGUGGAGUCGCCCCAGGAUGCUACUGGCAAGCACCAACACGACGACCGCGAGGAUGCCGACAGCGCUGUUAUGUCCUCUGUUGAAGUAGAGUAUCCGAUUAAGCAGGAAGAAGAUGACGAUAUGACCGACAUCCCCGCGGCCCCACGCCGGAUGGGGUUCGUGCGUCAAGAAGCGACCAAGAAAACCCAGUCGACUUCGGCUCGCCGCAAGUAUAGCAAGCGCGAAGGUUCUGCGAAAAUUGACGAAGCCGCCUUCAAGGACUGGGACUACCGCAUGGACGUGUCUGACUACACCCCCGAGCGCUGCGAGGAACUGGAACGGAGCUACUGGAAGACGCUGACGUAUGCGCCGCCACUGUACGGAGCCGAUCUCCCAGGUACCCUCUUCAGUGAAAAUACCGAACUCUGGAACCUCAACAAGCUGCCCAAUCUGCUGGAUGUUUUGGGUACCAAAGUCCCCGGUGUCAAUACUGCGUACCUCUACCUGGGCAUGUGGAAGGCCACGUUCGCUUGGCACCUGGAAGACGUCGACUUGUACAGCAUCAACUACCUGCACUUUGGCGCCCCCAAGCAGUGGUAUAGCAUCUCUCAAGGCGACGCCCGUCGUUUUGAGGCUGCCAUGAAGAACAUCUGGCCUGCCGAUGCCAAGGCCUGCGACCAAUUCCUGCGUCACAAGGCCUUUUUGAUCUCACCAUCGCACCUCCAGCAGUACUACAACAUCCGGGUCAACAAGUGUGUGUCCUACCCGGGCGAGUUUGUCGUCACCUACCCCUACGGCUACCAUUCUGGAUACAACCUUGGAUACAACUGCGCCGAGGCUGUCAAUUUCGCCCUGGAUUCCUGGCUCCCCAUGGGCAAGAUUGCCAAGAAGUGCGAGUGUGCCCAAGCACAGGACAGCGUGUGGGUCGAUGUCUACGAAAUCGAGCGCAAGCUGCGCGGCAUCUCCACUGACGACGAGGAUGACCUUUCCGACGAGGACGACGAAGAGUACGACUCGGAAGAGGAAGGUGAUGGCGACGAUGCCAAUUCCGUCGCUGGUUUGCCGACCCCACCCUCUGGUGGCCGUGGCCGGCGUGUGAAGUUCCCAGAUUCCCGAAAGCGGAAGCGCAUCGUGCGUCCUUCCGCUAAACGCCGCAGAGCGCUGGGCGAUGCCGACAUUGACGAUCCCGACGACGAUGAGGGCAACCGAAGGCUGAAGAAGAUGCGGGUCCGGCUGUGGUCCGGCGACAGUUCCCCUUGCUGCCUGUGCCCCAAUGCCUUCCCUGACUCCGAGCUAUUGCCUACCGAUGACGGUCGUGACGCCCAUCGUCUUUGUGCUAGCUAUCUCCCCGAAAUCCGCAUCGAGACGAUUGACGGCAAAGACGUUGUCAAGGGCGUUACGGACAUCCAGAUGCCUCGCAUGGAGCUGCGCUGUCUGUACUGUCGCCUUCGCAAGGGUGUCUGCCUCAAAUGCUCCCACGCCAAGUGUACGCGGUCGUACCAUCCAACCUGUGCCGCUGCCGCUGGUGUAUUUAUCAACGAAGUUGACGCGUCAACGUCCGGCGACAGCGACACCGAGCAUUCACAUUCGCACCACUCGUAUGAGUUUACUUGCCGGUUUCAGCGCACCAAGCGUAAUCGGAAGUUGGACGCGCUGGCCCUCGAAAAGGUUGAGCACAUUCGCAAUGCAGCUGCCGCUCUUCAACCGGGCUCCAUCUGCCAAAUGCAGCUCUACCGCAGCGACAUUUUUGCCGGCGUUGUUGUCGAAAAUCGACCAGACGAGGAGUCACUGCUUCUUCGUAUUGUUCCAAGCGGUGAGGAAGUCGAGGUGAGCUGGAAAUGGCUUCUGGUGCCUGAUGCGGUCGAUUAUCGUAGACUGCACCAGUCGGCCACACACCGCGACUCCACGCCACAUAAGGAAUCCGAGGGAAGUGCGUCCCUACCUAUCAUCGGGGACUUGUUUGUCGAAGGGUACAUGUGGAAACAGUUCCAAGAUUGUGAAGGAACGGCGUUUGUGCCCGCCCCCGAGCAAGUGAAGGUCGACCUCGACAAGCCCAACCAGCUGUGGCACUACCUUGGCAAGCCGUCCACCGAAUCCAAGGACCAGUACACGGGUGACCCUGCGAAUCCCGUGAACGACCGCAAAAGUCACUUUCUCGACUCCUUGCCACGAGUUUAUAAUUCAGUCAUCCCUACCCCCGCCGUACCGCAGGCUCCCUUUGUUUUCACGGUGCCGACUGCGCCGUCAUCGAUACCGAACACCCACAUUCAACCAGCAUCGGGCCAAACUGCUGGCCAGUCUGGCAUUCAACCCUCGACAGGAGAACCUCGCCGGUCAUACAGUGUCAUUAAGCCGCCCUACGUCCCGCACACCUCACCGGUCGUCUUGGCAUCUCCGGCGCCUCCAUCUGCAUCCCCUUCUUCUGCCGCGGCGACUGCCACCUCUAUUUGUUCCGCCUCCUCCACUACUCCGGCGACCGUGGCAGCAGCUCCUGCUUCUACAUCUGCUCCUACUACAGUAACACCUGUUCCUGCGACACCCGUGUCUGCAGCUCCCAUAGCUGCAGCUUCAGCUUCCGUCCCUCCUACACUCGCGUCUACAUCGGCACCCGCCCCCACUGCCUUUUCCGCCCCUACGUCGGCCUCGGUGUCGCCCCUUACUCCCCUUGACGGAGGCGCGAAUAAGAUCCGCAAAACCUCUGACGGCUUUGUUCAUCCUCAGCAGCCAGCGUCAAGGACGCACCAGCCCGGCCACCGGAACCGUCAUCGCUCCGCCUCGGCGAGCCAGAAAGUGCCUUUUGGACCCUUCUUCUCUAUGCCCAAGCCGGGUGGCGCCAGCAGCAAGUUUCCUCAGAUUCAACAUCCGAACUUGUCCCAUGGAUAUGCGACUGUUUCCACAGGCAAACCACAGACGGCUGGUGGUGCAAUGUCCCCCCCUUCUGGUAGCACGGCCACCGGAGGCGAGAAGAGUACUGAUUCCAGCAACAGCAGCAGUCGACGGAACAGUGUCAUUCACGGUCCAAACAGGGUUAGGAAGAGUAGUUCAGGUGCAGCCUCUCUUGCGGCAGCUGCUGCAAAGCUUCACAAGCGCAGUGCCAGUAGCAUGAGUAGUGUCAGCAGCUUUGGCCUUGGUUUGGGUGGGGGGCUGCGAGGAUUGAGCCGCCCGUCACCACAUACAAAUUAUGUCGGCCCGCCGCCAGUGCCCUCGUCGACGGCUUCAUCCCCGCUCUUGUCGGCGCACAAUCUGAGUUACAACACCCGCCCCGGCUCCGUAUCCUCCUACGCCUCGUAUGAGUCGAUAAUGGGCCCCGGAAUGUCACCUCACUCGCCCAACGGCAUGGAUGCGAGCCCAUUUAUUGGCAGUCCCGGUCCACAGAUAGGCUCUUUCGAUUUCCCGACUCCCUCGGGCUCUACAAACGGCUACCAGCACCCCGGCCUGCGGCCCCAGUUUGGCGCCGCGUGGCAGCAGAGCUUCCACGCGCCUCUGGGCUCAUUUGCACAAGACAUGGAUAUCAACUUCUCGCCGCCAUCGCCCAUGUCUACUUCCCUGGGUCUACCAGCAGGCGGUCUCGGCGCCCCAGCCAACAUUGUCUCUAACCAUCAACCGUCUUACUCCUUUGGUGGUCCAGGCAACCUCGGCCCCGACUCGAUGCUCCUCGGCGGCAGCGGCGGCGAUUUUGGCGGCUUCGGUACGAUAAGUCCUCCUUUGGUGCCGGAAUCGCCCAUGGCUAUGAUGAGCCCGACACUGGAGGAUGUCACACCCCCAGAUGCAGGCACCUCCCAGUCACCGGCCGAGCAGCUGAAGCAACAGCUACGGAGCAUCUCGGAUUCGUCCCUACCGUCGUCUUACCGGCUGCGUUGCCUUCACCAACCCCGACGCCGCCACCAAAGCCGCAGUAGCUUGAAUCGUAUCUUUACAAGUCAGCUGUUGGACCUGAGUUCGAACCCGACAUGA